AUGGCUACCUACUACGCAGCUCCCCGCGAGAAGCGUUAUCACAAGUAUAAGAAGGUUCUUUACUUAGAACCUCCCACCAAUGGUAGCAAAACCGUUCGCACUCGCGUUACCACCAUUGUCCCUCCCCCUGAGCCCGAGCCCGAGUUUGUACACUGUCCGUCACCCGCUCCAGCUCUCCCAGAGCCCAGGUAUACGCCGCCACCGGUAAUCGUCGAACCUCUACCGCCGCCGCCUCCUCCACCUGCACCUGUACACUACUAUCCUCAACCUGAACCUGUACAUUACUAUCCUCAGCCUGAGCCUGAGCCUGUACGUGAACCCGAGCCGGACGUCGGGAUUGAGGUCAUCGCAGUAGACGUAGACCCAGAUCAAUCUAGCAGAUCCGGCAGGUCCAGGACUUCGAGGAGUUCCAAGAGCUCGUCGCGAAGCUCUAAAUCAUCGUCGCGCAGCAGCGGCAGCGGCCACAGUAGACACGGCCGAGAUCGCGAGGUCUACAUCGAACGGGAACGCAUGGUGCCCGUUCGCGUACCCGUGCCUUAUCACGUACACCACGUCGAGUACGAGCAACCCCAGCAAGACUCGUUCCGUUACAUAGAAGCACCCAGGCGGUAUGAACCCCCACGACGACGGAGUCCAGACCACGAGAUCGUCAUCGAAGAUCAUCGUCACCGAAAAUAUAUCCGCGACGGUUGA